CAAUAACAUCGGGGGCCCCAAAAACGCUCGUUCGCUCGCGACCGACGACGACGGACGAAAAACCUUCGUCGUGUGAAUGGUAAAUGAAAAAAAAAGAAAAAAAGUAAAGUGCAAUUUUAACCCUACGCCAAAAUAAAAAGGAGAAAAAAACUGCAUAGAAAUUAAGCAACAAAAACAUCGCAAGCGAGUGCAAGUGGCAAACAUAAACAACAGCAAGAACAAGAACUAAACAAACGCAGAUCGCUGUCUCUGUGUGCGUGCGCUAACUUGUGUGUGUGUGUGCGUGUAUAUGUGUUACACUGUGUUGUUAUUGCAUCGGUUAAAAAAAGAACACAAGGUAAUUAAAGCUUUUCGGAUGCGUGUAAAUGCUAACCGGUAAAGUUAGCCGAUCCCACUCCCCUUGCCGCUACAUGCGCUUCGUCAAACAAAAACAACAGAAACAGCAGCAGACGCCGCAUCAGCAGCAGAAGAAACAAUAACAAUACCGCAAGACGCAGCGAGCACGUUGUCCUGCCCCUGCCCCUACCGCCAAACUGGAGCAGAGCCAUGGACACCAUUUGUAGGCUGUGUUUUCAGACAGCAACGUUAUUCCAAGUGCCCGGCUAUAGCAUACCCACGUGCGUGCGCUGCUCAGAACAGUUGACAAACAAUUCGAACUUCCAUCAAGCGGUGCGAGUGCAGGACGGCGCAGCCGCUUCUGUAGCGGCCGCUGCAGUAGCCGCUGCUGCUGCCGCAUCAACAGUAGCUAGCGAGAGCGACACGGUGGCGGCACAGCUGACAAACGGCAGCGCUGUAGCUGCUGUGCUGCAGCUGCAGCAACAGCAACAGCAACAACAGCAGCAACAGCAGCAGCAACAACAGCAACAACAACAGCAACAACAACAGCAGCAACAACCACAACAACAAUUGCAAUCAUCAAGUUCUUCCGAGAAUCUACAAUCGCAGGACGAUUCUGAAGAUGUGGAUCUGAUAUUCAACGAGGAGGGCUCAUGCCCGCUGUGCAACAAAACCUUCUCUCGGAAAUCCUCGCUCAUGACGCACAUACGCAAUCAUUCGGCUGAGCGCAAAUUUGUGUGCAGCUACUGCCACAAAGGCUUCACGCAAGCCGCAAAUUUGCGCAAUCACGAACGCAUACACACAAAUGAUCGGCCGUAUCAGUGCGUGGACUGCGGCAAGACCUUCACUCAAAUCACAAAUCUUAAUAAUCAUCGACGCCUCCACACCGGGGAGCGUCCCUUUGUGUGCAAUGAGCCGGAGUGUGGACGCAGCUUUGCGCAGGUGACCAAUCUGAACAAUCACAUGAAGUCGCAUCACAAAGUGCAGCAGUACUGCUGCAACGUGUGCAGCAAGAAGUUCACGCAGGUCACCUCACUGAACCAGCAUCUGCAGGCGCACGCCGGCGUCACCGGCUACUAUUGUCCGCGGUGUCCGGAGAAGAACUUCAAGCUGCAGUCGCAGCUGCAUACGCACAUGAAGACGCAUGGCUUGGCCUUUCCCUAUGAGUGCAGCAAGUGCGAUGAGAAAUUUCUGCAGCAGUCGCAUUUGGAUCAGCAUCUGAAGAUGCACGACGAGUUCAAGUUCAAGUGCGAUAUAUGCCCCAGCAGCUUUAACCAGGAGUCGUUGCUCAAGAAGCAUGUGCAACGCCAUGUGGAGGGUCGCUACCUGAACUGCCCGGUGGCCAAUUGUGCCGAAUCCUUUGCGGUGCGCCAGCAUCUAUCGAAACACUUGCUCACCAAUCAUUCGCAUCACGAGCUGCCGCCGCCGAAGCGCUCCAAGAAGACGAUCACGCUGCAGUCGCCCCAGCAGCCGCUGGCGAUGAUCGGACAGCCCCUAUCGCUGCAGCACACGACAGGGCAGCGUGGCAGACCGCCCAAAAACAAGAAUAAGACCUCACUGGCAGCCACGGCAAUUAAAAUAGAGAUCAAUGAGCCGUUGCAUAGCCAGCACAUCAUCAGCAGUGCCAGCGGCCUUUCCAUACACCAGCAGAUCAAUCAGCAUAUGCAACAGCAGCAGCAGCAGCAACAACAGCAGCAGCAACAGCAACAACAACAGCAGCAGCAGCAACAGCAGCAGCAGCACCUUCAUCUGCCCAUGGGUCAGGCGGUCAAGGCGCGCUUUAUACCCACUAAAUAGAAAUUAGUUAGACGCGGCGUGCGUGAGCGAGAUAAAGAGAGAAAAAAGAAAGCGAAUGAGUGAGAGUGAGAGAUAGAAGAAGAGAAAGAGAUAGAAAUACAGAUGUAGCUAGCUACUCAGUGGCGUUUUCGAUCGAUCUGGCGUGGCUCCACGCCCUCCCCUGCCCCUUAUCCUAACCCCAGCUCAGCUCUAGCAAUAGUUAAAAUACAAAAAUUAAUAAGACUAGUUUUCAACAAUAUGCAUCACAUAUCCUUCAAGCACAUACAUAGCCAAACGUACAUAUUUACACGCAAACAUACGAUACAUAAACAAUAUGCAAAUUAUGUUAGCCGAUAACCGAUACUAAUAGGGAAAAAAUAGAAACCGAUAACCGAGUAAAUUAAUUGCACAAGUGAUGGCACCCUCCGCACACACAGACGCCAUCUGGCGGCGGCGGCGCGCAUCGGCUGAGGCUGCUGGUUCGGUUUAGUCGGCUCCUCGCGCAUGACGUAAAGGACGCCGCAGCUCUUGCGCCAAUUGCGGCUGUCAGCUGGACGCCUGCGCCUAGCGCCCGUUCCGUCACUUAAACAAAUCAAACCAA